GGAUGCACUAUACAUAGGUUACACGUGCGUUUUCUGAAUUCAGAAAAACACUAGGUUUUAGUGCAUGUGGACUUUAGGUUUUCUAGCGAAUAAUGUGAAGUAUUAAACGUCAUUCGAGGCUAAAAUGAAGUUUGCAUACAAGUUUUCCAAUUUACUGGGAGCUGUUUAUCGACACGGCAACCUGUCCUUCUCCAAAGAUGGUAAUUCAGUCAUCAGUCCUGUUGGAAAUCGCAUCUCCAUAUUCGAUCUUAAAAACAAUAAAUCCGAGACGUUGCCUGUGAGCACCAACAAGAAUAUAGCCUGUGUCGGCCUCUCGCCUGAUGGAAAUCUGGCCAUACUUGUUGAUGAAGAUGGAGCAGCAGUGCUGGUCAGUCUGAUUACUCGAGCUGUACUUUACCAUCAUCAUUUUCACAAACCUGUUGGCAGCAUCCGCUUCUCGCCUGACGGCAGGAAGUUUGUGGUCACUAAAGAAAAUGUGGCCCUGAUGUACCAUGCCCCUGGCAAGAUCAGAGAGUUCAACACUUUUGCUCUGGACAAGAGUUACUUUGGCCCAUACGAUGAGACAACCUGCAUUGACUGGACUGAUGAUUCCAAGUGCUUUGCUGUGGGGAGCAAAGACAUGACCACAUGGGUAUUUGGAGCAGAACGAUGGGCCAAUCUGCUCUAUUACUCUUUGGGUGGCCACAAAGAUAUCAUUGUGGGCUGCUUCUUUGAGAAGGACAGUCUUAAUUUGUACACUGUGAGUCGAGACGGCACCCUCUGUGUGUGGGAGAGCGACACAGAGCUCGAUGGCUUACGCAAGGGCCCUAAAUACUCAGAAAGGAAGAAGAUGGCAGAGGAGAGGAAGAGGCGGGCAGAGGAAGAGGCUGGUAUGGAAGAAGAGGACAAGAUUGUGGAAAUAAUGGAAGAUGAUGGGGAGCCAAGGGGAGAGGUGGUUAGAGGCAGUGCAGAUACACCUAAAGAAGUGGAGGGUAUCAGAAAUGUCCGCUACAAGCAAAAAAGCAAACACUUUUUCAACAAGGAGGGCGACUUCAACAACUUGACAGCGGUGGCCUUCCACAAGAGAACACACAUCCUGGUGACCGGCUUUGCCUCUGGAGCUUUCUACCUACACGAGCUCCCCGAGUUUGACCUCGUUCACUCACUCAGCAUAUCAGAUCAGAGGAUUUCUACUAUAGCUUUGAACCCCACUGGAGACUGGAUUGGCUUUGGUUGUUCAGGUCUUGGUCAGCUUCUGGUUUGGGAGUGGCAGAGUGAGUCCUAUGUUUUCAAGCAACAAGGCCACUUCAACAACAUGGCUUCUCUGGCCUACUCUCCUGAUGGACAGUACCUAGCCACCGGAGGGGAUGAUGGGAAGGUGAAGGUAUGGAACUGCAGUAGUGGCCUGUGUUUCGUCACGUUCAAGGAGCACACAAGCAGCAUCACUGGCGUGGCCUUCACGAGCAGUGGAUUGGUGGUGCUCAGCGCCUCCCUGGACGGUACCGUCCGUGCCUUCGACUUGCACAGGUACCGUAACUUCCGUACGAUGACGUCCCCGCAGCCGACCCAGUUCUCUUCGCUGGCGGUGGACUUGAGCGGUGACCUGGUGUGUGCUGGAGCUCAGGACUCGUUCGAGAUCUUCCUCUGGUCCAUGCAGACAGGACGUCUUCUGGAGGUGUUGAGUGGUCACGAGGGUCCAGUGAGCUGCCUGUGUUUUAGCCCGGUGCAAUCUGUGCUGGUCAGCGUAUCGUGGGAUAAGACAGUUAGACUAUGGGACAUGUUGGACAGCUGGCAGACCAAAGAGGUUCUCCGCCUCAACUCUGAUGGUCUGGCGGUGGCCUAUCGUCCAGAUGGCCAGGAGCUGGCAGUGGCUACCCUGGAUGGCGAGAUCACCUUCUGGAGCCCUCAGGCGGCGACUCAGACCGGCUCCAUUGUUGGGCGCCAUGACCUGCAGAUCGGUCGCAAAGAGACCGAGAAGAUCACGGCCAAGCAGUCUGCCAAGGGCAAGGCCUUCACAUGCCUGUGUUAUUCUGCUGAUGGAGAGUCCAUGUUGGCUGGGGGCCACUCAAAGUUUGUGUGCAUCUACAACAUCAAGGAGCAGAUCCUCAUGAAAAAAUUUGAAAUCUCCUGCAACAUGUCCUUGGAUGCUAUGGAGGAGUUCUUGGACAGGCGUAAAAUGACGGAGUUUGGUAGCCUGGCACUAGUGGACGAAGGUGCAGGAGAUGGCGACGGAGUUGAGCUCCGCCUGCCUGGAGUCAGGAGAGGCGACAUGAGCUCCCGUCACUUUAAGCCAGAGAUUCGUGUUACCUCUCUCCACUUCUCCCCCACUGGGCGCAGCUGGGCCGCAGCCUCCACGGAGGGAUUGCUCGUCUACUCCCUAGACACCUCGCUGGUGUUUGACCCCUAUGACCUGGACAUGGACGUUACACCAGUCAGCGUACGUCAUCAGUUGAAGAAGAAGGAAUGGACAUCAGCCAUUGUGCUAGCUUUUCGCCUGAAUGAGACCAGUUUAAUUAGAGAAGUGCUGGAAUCUGUGCCUUACAACCAAACGGAAUUGGUAUCCAGCUCACUGCCAGAUGUUUAUGUGGAGAAGUUGCUGGACUUUGUGGCCUCAUCUCUGGAGAAGUCCAGACAUCUGCAGUUCUACCUCACAUGGGCCCAGAACCUCCUCACCUUGCAUGGGCAGAAGCUCAAGAGCAGGUCAUCAGCAAUACUCACAACCAUUCAGCAGCUGUUGAAGAGCAUCCAGAGGCACCACGAUGACCUGUCCAAACUCUGCGACUGGAACAUAUACACCAUCCGCUACACCGCGGCCCUGGCCAAACAGAGAGGGAUGAAGAGGACCGCAACAGACUGUCUCGUCGAUGAAGAGGUGGACGAGGCAGAGGUCAUGGACUCGGAGGACGAAGAGGAGGAUAUGAGUGAUCCAGUCAUAGUGGAAAGCUAAUACUCCUCCAGACCCCAGCAACCACCCAAACCUACAUCAGAAUGACAUGGGUAACCAGCAGAAUGUGGGCCAACACAGAACUGUAGGGUUUGACUGGGAAGAUUGAGGAUGAUGCCUUGUUUGGUUAUUUAGAAGGGAGGUCUAAUGAACAUUCACCUACAUGCAAAGUAAAAUUGGAUCCGUUUAUAUUUUAUAUACAUUGAUUAACUUUACUGAUACUCAUCAAGGAUUUGGUACUGUAUGAUAAGCUGUCUGUGAAAAGUAAUUAAAAAUACUGAAAAGAA